CCGUCCGCCACUGCAACCGGAGGAGGCGGAGCGGAGGCCAGGGCGACCCCACCCCCCCAAGGCGGCGGGGCGGAGGCGAGCCGAGCUGGCCCCCGGGGGCCUCGCGAUGGCGGCGCUGGUGCAGGCCGCGGCACGGGCCCUCCUGGGCCACGGCGCGCCGCUGCCGCGGGCCGCGCGGAGCAUUAGCUGCGGGGUGGCCCGUGUUCCCCACGUGAAGGAACCGCCGCAGCCCAAGCAGGUGGAUCGCUGGACGGAAAAGCGAGCCUUGUUCGGGGUCUACGACAACGUGGGGAUCCUGGGUAAGGACCCCCUGCCCCCACCGCAGCCUCAGGGUGACUUCAAGGCCCACCCUAAGGACCUCAUCGUGGGGCCCAAGUGGCUGCGGGGCUGGCGGGGGAACGAGCUGCAGAGGUGCAUUCGCAAAAAGCAGGUGGUGGGAGAUCGGAUGUUUGUGGAUGACUACCACAAACUCAACAAGAGGAUCCGGUACUUGUACAGGCGCUUCAAUCGCACCGGGAAGCACCGCUAGGAGCAGCUAUGGGUUCAGCACAUGGAGCGUGGUUUUGUGGCGUCACACUCGGAAUAAAGUCAGCUUUCUUA